GGAAAUCACUCCUUCCUCACUCCGACAAAUAUUCUCUCCCUCUCCCUCUCUCUCUCUGCACCAAAAAGUUGUCAUUUUUCCUCUUCUGCUCGCUCCACUGCCCUCUGCCUUUCGGAUUGAAACUCGCCCGCUCUACCGGUCCAGAAACACACACACUCACGCGGCAGAGUUUGCAGACGUCAAGUCAUGCUCCGUCGUCUUCUUCGUCCAUCCACUUUUCCAGUCCAACCCAACUGAGAAGACACGCACCCCCCGGAAACUCACUUUCUCUCUCUGGGUUUUGCCUUUUUCUUUGUUUCUAAAAAUAAUGGGUUCUGCAACGUCGUCCAUGGCGGCGAAGUUCGCCUUCUUCCCCCCGACGCCGCCGUCGUACCGCGUCUACGCGGACGAGUCGACGGGGAGACUGAGGAUGAGCGACGUGAGCCAGAGGGACGACGUGGACGUGAUGAAGCUGAGGACCAAGAGAGGGAACGAGAUCGUCGCCGUGUACGUGAAGCACCCGUCGGCCUCCUUGACCCUCCUCUAUUCCCACGGGAACGCGGCCGAUAUUGGACAGAUGUAUCACAUCUUCGUGGAGCUCAGCCUCCAUCUGGGCGUCAAUCUUCUUGGGUAUGACUAUUCAGGGUAUGGACAAUCUUCGGGAAAGCCGAGUGAGCAGGACACGUAUGCUGACAUAGAGGCGGCUUACAAGUGCCUUCAAGAGACAUACGGAGCAAAGGAGGAAGACGUAAUAUUGUACGGUCAGUCGGUCGGAAGUGGACCUACUCUAGAGCUUGCCAUACGGUUGCCUUGUUUGAGGGCUGUAAUUCUUCACAGUCCAAUCUUGUCUGGUCUUCGAGUCAUGUAUCCCGUGAAGAGAACACUCUGGUUUGACAUAUAUAAGAAUAUUGACAAAAUUCCUCUGGUUAACUGCCCGGUUCUGGUCAUUCAUGGAACUGAAGAUGAUGUAGUAGAUUGCUCCCACGGCAAGCAGUUGUGGGAGCAGUGCAAAGAAAAGUAUGAACCAUUAUGGCUUAAAGGAGGGAGCCACUGUAAUUUGGAGGUCUUCCCUGAGUACUUGAAGCAUCUCAGGAAGUUCAUAUCCGCCAUUGAGAAACUACCUCGUGUUCGCGAUGUAUCUGAACAAAGUACAGAUAAUUCUGAACUUCCUCUGAUUGCCACUGAAGCGAGUAGGGAUAAGUCCAGGCUAAGUGCGGAUAAUAGGGAGAAAUCAAGGCCGAGCACUGGGCAACAGGAUAAGGCAAGGCUAAGUACGGACAGCAGAGACAAGUCAAGAUCCAGCACUGACAAGAGAGAAAAAUCAAGAAAGAGCGUGGAUCGGCUUAUGAAAUCAAGAAACAGCACAGAUCAGCCGGAGAAAGCUAGGAACAGCUUUGACCGGUUGGGAGAUAUGGUGAGGUCAGUCGGGUUGUGCAAUGUCGAUUGCUUGAAGCCAACAGCUUUAGAAGCCUGAGCCUGAGGAAAGUGCCAAUGCUUGUGACAACUUGUGUACAGAUACUCUCUUUUGCCAAUCGAGUUUAUUUACCAGGUUCCAUUUGAUAUUCAGAUAUCUUCAUGGCGCUCCAGUGCAAAUGAAUAAAGAGUGGAAGGAUUAGAUGAUCAUGCACUGUGUUGUUGCUAUGGUGAUUGAAAUUUCACUUUAAGAACGGGAUCCAGAGAUCAGGUGAUCUCUAGAUUCUCUAGUCAUUUGAGUCCUAGUUUAUACACGUACUCGGCAUCUUUUGUUGAUACACGUACUCGGCAUCUUGUGUUUAUACACCUAGUCGGCAUCUUGUGUUUAUACACCUAGUCGGCAUCUUUUACGGUUUUCCAGUUCUUUCUGCAUCUGCUAGCUGGAAGUUCUGUCAUGGAAGGUUGUAUUGAAGAACAUCCUUUGUAUCA